GGUCGUUCAUUGGCUUAGUCUACUAUCAAAGGACGACAACCAAGGGAGCUCUGUUGUAGCAAUGGCAAAGCCUUUGACGGAUAAAGAAGUUCGGGAUUUAAGGGAAUGUUUUUACCUUUAUGACAAAGUUGGUGAUGAUAAAGUUGAAUCAAGCCAGCUUGGUGAAGUUCUACGUGGAUUAGGUCAAAAUCCAACCAACGCUGAAGUCAAAAAGAACAUUGCUGAAAUUGAUCCCGAGGGAACUAGGAGAAUCUCUUUCGAGGAAUUUCUACCUAUUUAUCAGUCCUUCAGAGGAAAGAAACCUAAAUUCUCUACGGAUGAUUUUGUGGACAGCCUUAAAGUGUUUGACAUCGAUGGAUCAGGAAUGAUCAGUGAAGGUGAACUGAGACAUCUGCUUACAAGUCUUGGGGAAAAACUUACCGAUGAAGAAGUCGAUACCCUCGUCCAUGGACUGGAAGACAAGCAAGGUCAAAUAGAUUGUGAACAAUUUAUUUCUAACGUUGUUUCUGGAUAGUUCAGAGUGAUUAUAAGAAAAAAGUCUAUGUAUGAAAAGGCAUUGGUGAUGCUAGUAAACGCACAUUUGAGUCAUAUUAUAACCACGAUGCAUGAUUUGAAUCGAUGAAGUAAAAAAGCUAUAUACAACCUUUAUUUUAAAAAGUAAAAAAUAUUAAAAAUGACAUUUUAUUUUAAACUGAUCAUGUAGUUAUUACGAAUUCAUCUUGAUGGACAAUAAGGUCUGUCGAUAGCCUGAAAAGUGUCUAGUUUCCUUUUUGCUGUUUUCCAUUAGAACACUGCAUUGGCCCAAGUCUGAAACAAAAAUAUCUUAAUCUUCGUGGUUAAAUCAAGAAACUGCCAUCAAUGGCAUUUGAGUAGGUUUUCUUCAGUCAUCUUUAGCAUAUCGCCAACAGAUCAGUGUACAAGUACUGCGGCUUUUUUCGACGCUUGAUCCUUGAUCACUCAAGCGUUCAUCAUCGCUAAAGGAGAGGACUUCCAUCAAAACAUACGGACAAAAAUAUAGACUAAAAUAUAUUUGAAGUAUAUGUACAUUUUAGUUAUUAUUCCAUCGAUAUAAUUUUGUUAGUUUGGUGUCAAAACAUCAGCUGUCGCUGUUCACAGAAUUUUUGCAUAAUCAUAUUGCUUUUGAUCUAAAUCAAGCCAUUGGCAGUAGGAUUUUGAAUGUUUAUAGAGAGUAAAUGAAGUGUUUAGUCUAAAUUCUACUUUUGAAUUGAUCAUAGUAUUUUGUUUUAGUUUUAGUUAUAAGCCAAGAGAGAAAAAGAGAAAUGACAUUAAAAUCUAAUAAACACU